AUGAAGUUUUAAUUGAUGUAGUGCUAAGACUUAUGAAGGAUGGAAUCCUUCAGUUUCCAAUCACAAUUGACAACAUCAAGGCCAUUAUUAUUGUGAGUCUUAUAUAAUGCAUAAUUGUAUCCUCAUUAUUAUUCACGCAUGCAUGCACUUUCAUUCUUAAAUUUGAUAAUCAUUUUUGGUACAUAGAAUGUUGAUAUAGUCUCAGGUAGGACAUCCGAUCAUGGUUUCGUAAAGAAAUUUACACAUUAAAAGGGUUAUAAUUAAAAAAACAAUUCAACCACAACAACAUAGUUUUUCUAGGGUAAUGUAAUAAUAGCUAAAUAUCAUGUUUUGAAAAAUAAUUUUGACCUUGAAGUUAUAAGAAAUUAAAAUAUUUCAGUAGAAAUUGGUGAAAAGAUUAUAAAUAUAAAUAGCUAGCAUUCACGACAAAUAUCAAACUCGCUCAUAAAUGCAGGUUUUAUUCGCUGCUGGAACAGAAACUUCAUCGUCAACAGUUACUUGGGCCAUAGUAGAAACGAUGAAGAAUCCAAGUAUACUCAUCAAAGCUCAAGCUGAGGUAAGAGAGGCUUUUAAUGGCAAAGAAACUUUCGAUGAAAAUAAUGUAGAGGAGUUGAAGUACCUAAAGUUAGUCAUUAAAGAAACUUUUAGACUCCAUCCUCCACUUCCACUGUUGAUUCCAAGAGAAUGUAGAGAAGAAACAAAUAUAAAUGGCUACACUAUUCCUUUAAAAACCACAAUCGUUGUUAAUGUUUGGGCAAUGGGAAGAGAUCCAAAAUAUUGGGUUGAUGCAGAAAGCUUUAAUCCUGAAAGAUUUCAGCAUAGCACUAUGGAUUUUACUGGAAUUACUCCAAGUUAGUUGGACUUAGCUGAAUCGACUGGAUUAGCUGUUCUUAGAAAGAGUGACUUUUAUUUGAUUGCAACUCCUUAUUCACCUUCACCGGAGUAAUUUGGUGGCAUCAAACAUGUUUUAAACUUAUCUUUUCUUCUUAUUUACUUAUACCCAUCACCAUUGUACUUUCUUUCCUGCUGUACUUUAUGUUUUUACUUAUUUAUAAUGCAUCUGUCUUAUCUAUAGAAAAAAAUGUAUCAUUACAAU